GCCGCCAGUCGUAACACAAACAUCUGACUGACCUUGACCACUGAAAGAUUUGUUUUCUUGUUUCGAGGCGGAAUCUUUUGCGAAUUCGCACUGAAAUUUAAACAAAGGUUGUCGGGUUCAAGUUUUAAUGUGAAAAGAAAGAAUUCUUUCGCUUUUCCGCCCAAAACUGGAAACACGAAAAUGUCGACAGACUUGGCGAAAAGCGAAGAUUUUGACACAGACAACGACCGCGGCAAAGACAACUGCAGCGACGAGGACGACGACGAGUACGAGGAGGAAAAGAGCGAGGACUUAAAGAUGAACGGGUUCGAGGAGAACGGUUUCGGCGAGGACGGCAAGAAGAUCGACUUUUACGAGGACGCGCACUCAGUCAGCAGUAACUGCCAGGAAAGGUACAAAUGCCACCACUGCGACAAGUCUUACAAGAACCUGAGGUCACUGAACCAGCACUUUAGGGAGGUGCAGGUAUGCCGAGUGUGCAAGAUGUCCUCACCAAGCAUCGAGGCCUUCACCACGCACAUCCUCGAGGACCACACCAUCGGCGCCCUUUGUGGAUUCUGCAUGAUCAGCUUCAGGUCGCGGGCGCGUCUGGUGGAACACGUGCGCACGCACACUCAACUGGCGUUGAAGCGGCCCGAGAUAAAGAGCGUCCGCAAGCCAACCAGGGAAAUGCCGCGCAACUGCAAAACGUGCAAGCAGGAGUUGUCCCCCUUGUCUCCGCAUACCUGCCACGCCAACACCUGCAAACUGUGUCAGAAGCCUUUGAGGACCAGGAAUGAGUUUGAGGUGCACAUGAUGCGACUGCACUGUUCCGAGACGGCUUGCCAAUUUUGCGGAGUCAAGUUGUCAUCCACGCCUAAUCUGAUCUACCACCUUAAGUCACACACUUCGCUAAGAUAUCCUGCAUUUAAAUGCGAUAAUUGUGGCUUGCGAUUCCGAUCUGAGGCUAAACUGAAGCUGCAUGAAUGCCAGCCAAUCAGCUCGCCAGAAGUGUCACCAGUUAAAGAGCUGAAAGACCAUCUCAAUUCAAGCCACGCAGAGAAGAGUGACAAAAGCAACAGCAAUGCCGCCACUAAAGAACCGAAGGUGCAGGCUCCCACCGAAAAGUGUGGAAUAUGUGACGCAAAAUUCAAAAGCCGGACAGAACUGGAGCAGCACCGCAAGGAUCAGCAUUCUUGUCGGUACUGCAAGUACAUUAUGAGGAGCCAAGAGGAGUUUGAGAGCCACAUGAUGGAGGAGCACUCAAGUAAAGACGAGUGCCAAUUCUGCAACCGCAAGUUUGUGACCUCGUCGGCACUGCGCACCCAUCUCAAGAUCCACACCCUGAUCACUUACAAAGGCCACAAGUGCAGCAGGUGCAAGCAGCAGUUCACCAGCCUGAAAGAGAAAGCUGCGCACCGGUGCCAAAAGUACCCUUGCGUCGACUGCUCGCAGUCGUUCCCGUCAGACACGGCGCUCGAACACCAUCGUAACCACGAGCACUCUGACAGCAAGGCGCUCAAGUGCAAUCUCUGUCUCAAGUACUUCAUGAAACGCAAUGCCUUAGCUGUGCACAUGAAAACCAAGCACAAGAAUCUGGAAGAUGAGUAAAUUUGCUCUCUGUGUAAUUCAGUUGAACUAUGAAACCGUGUCUGCUUUUGUGUUUAAUUAACUGGCAACAAACUUAAUUUACCUAAUACCAGCUUGAAGUUUCAAAACACAAACCCAUAUUGAAGCAGUCUCUUUCAAUGUAAUGUGUAGGUUGAAUCUUGCGUGUGAAUAAAUUCAAAUUUUAAUUUUAAAUUGCUUAAGAAACCAGUUUGGAACUUAAUGUCCUAUAAAUACUCAGCUGGAAUUUGUAAAUAAUCUGAGAGUGGUGGUUUCUGGUUCAACUGAAUUAAUGAAAGAAUGAAUGUAAUGCGUUCACUUGCCGAAUGCUACAGAAGGAGCAGAUAGGGAGCUGUUCAAAUGGUAGCGCAUGAUGGGAGCCCUGAAAUGUAAUAGGACCGUGAGUGGAAUGUAGUUUUGCUAACAGCACUGAGCGGGCCCCUUCUUGUCGACUCGUGGAACUGAAAAAGGAUCAAAGACUCCAGCUCCUCUCUGCGCCUCCUUAGUAGGUAGCAACAACUGACGUGCGGGUACUUUGCAAGUCGAAUUCAACAGCAUCACAAAUUUAGCGUUUGGAUAAGUUAAGUGCCAUUGAUCGCAAAAGUCUUGUUAUUUGUCAAAAGUUUUUAUCACAACGCGCACGUGUUUUCACGCAUAUUACCACUUGAGGGCCAAGUGAGGGAAAUGAGCAACUCGACACGCCCGAGUCUUUUUGCGAGUCCUUUAGGGCUGGUUCACCUGUUGUCUAGGUGCCAGUCUUUCGUCGUGUAGCCAUACAUUUAGCUAGGUGUGCCUAAUUUUUAAGAAGCAACUCCCAAACGCGCCCGAGAUUGCAUUUUUACUGCUGCAUUUGGAUCAUUGAAAGGCGCGUUUGUUUUAAAAUUUUGCCAGUCGUUUUUGACAACAUUCCUUUGAUAUGAGUUACUUAUUGUGGCAGUAUUCUGCAUUCUGCUCCUUUGUUUGAUUCAGCUCUCACCACUUAAAUUUUGUUCAUAAACACCAGAAAUGUGAUCAAACCCUUUUCUCUUUUUGUUUUUGUCGUCAUAAUGGUACACUAAUUCUUAAGAUCAUUUAUAAGAGUUCACAGAAAUCCGCAAAUUAUUUUUUAAGUCGUUGUAACCACCACGAUUAAAAACACCUGAUGCUAUUUUAUAAA